AUGAGUGUUGUGGAUUCAGAGGCAAAGGCAGACACUAAUGGCAGGAAGGAAUUGUUCGAGUUCAAGGCUGAACUUGGAUGCUCAUUUUUUUCCGCCAGUUACCGCGAAGCCAUUGACGUACUCUACUCAGGCAAUACUUUCAGCUUCAAAACCUACCGUGGCUUCGUCAUGUUCACCCGCUCCAUUCCACCACCGCGUUUAGCCAACCUCACACACAUAACCAUCGCACAAAGCACAAUGACGGUUGACGGCCCAACCGAUUAUGAGACCGAGGAGGAACGAUAUCGCCGUAACUGUACAUACGACGACUUCUUCACAAUCAUCACUUCUUUGCCGAGGCUGAAGGUUCUGGUCAUGAGCUACGAGGUUUUAUCUGCCGGUGGCGAUCCGUAUUGGCUACAAAGCGAGCUUGCGUUAUUGGACGAGAUGGGACGAAGGAAUGAUAUGGGUGGCGUGGAGGUUUGGUAUGAGAUUGUUGGAUCAGUGGAAGGGCUAGAGAGGUUCCGGGAACGGGAAUACGAUCGUAGGACGUGGUGUCUGGAGGGCUGGACGAGGUGGGAAGUUGGCGAGAGGUGUAGUCUACGGUGA